ACGUAGUAUAUUUGAUCCGGCGGCACCUGCACGCUCACAUGCUCGGCAUCCUGGUUUCGCUCCGCUUUCUGUUCUUUUCUCCCUUCCUGCCGCAUUCAUUAUCUAUCGCAACAUAGUCAGACAGAGCAGAGUACCACCACUGCCACUACCACUACCACUACCACUACCAGCAGCCCCCCUUCACACACACAGGGACACACACGCCUCCCUCCUCCCCUGCCUCCUUCUUCUUCGCUGCCCUGCCUCCUCCGCCUCUUCACGCUCGAGGCCUGCCCCCCGCCUCCCUCCGUUCGGACCGCUGAUCCAUGCCGGAGCGCUCCGGCCGCUGACUUCUCGGCUCCAGACGCCGCCGCCGCAAAGGUUGGGCUCCCGCUGAUCGUGCUUGCCGGGGUGGAGGAAGGAAGAUGAGGAUGAAGACGCUGGCCUGCUGCCGGCGGCGGCCGCAGGACUUCAGCGUCGACAUGGACCAAGAGCCGGAAAAGGUGACGACAUACAAUGGCCUCGAGAGCUGCAUUUUCAACAGUUCCUCAUAUGAUGAGGAUAGUGGCGUUAGUGCAACAACAGGGGCGGAUGGCUGUGUCACCGCUGAUUCCCUUGAAGAUGAAGCUUCAAGUUGCUCCUCCAGCAAAGAUGUUGAUGGCUCUUCCUUCUCUUCCCAAUGCCUUCCAUUGAGCAAGCAGGAGGAGCAUUCACUUUAUGAGUUGGAUACGCUCGAUGCUAUCCAUCUACUCCCUGUCAAAGGGAAGAACCCAAUCACAUAUACGUUGAGUGCUGCUGAUAUCGAAAUCAUGAAGGAGAAGUUUGCAAAGCUACUGCUUGGUGAUGACGUUUCUGGAGGUGCCAGAGGAGUUUGCGCUGCUCUGGCCUUGUCCAAUGGCAUAACCAAUCUCUCAGCCACUAUUUUUGGAGAGCUGUGGAAGUUGGAACCAUUGUGUGAGGAAAAAAAGAUCAGGUGGCGGAAGGAAAUGGACUGGUUGCUUUCUCCUACGACCUACAUGGUCGAGCUGGUACCCACAAAGCAAAAUGGAGCAGAUGGGUGCAUGUUUGAGAUUAUGACCCCGAAGGCCCGUUCAGAUGUUCAUGUGAACCUUCCUGCUCUACAGAAGCUUGAUUCCAUGCUAAUUGAAGUUCUGGACUCAAUGGUGGACACGGAGUAUUGGUACGUGGAGAGUGGCAGCCGAUCAGGUGGCCGGGGCAAAAAUAAUGGUGAAAGACAGACCAAAAAGUGGUGGCUUCCAUCCCCUUGUGUCCCUGAACAAGGUCUAUCUCAGUUCCAGAGGAAAAGGAUUGUGUUUCAGGCUAAACUUGUUCAUCAAAUCCUCAAAGCUGCCAAGUCUAUCAACGAACAAGUCCUGCUUCAGAUCCCUAUUCCCAUGGCUGUUAUGGACGCCCUUCCAAAGUCUGGCAGAUCUAGCUUGGGGGAAGACCUGUACCAUGCCAUAACCACGGACUAUAUUCCCAUCGAAGAAAUCUUUGUUUCUCUGAGUCUGAAAACCGAGCAUAGCGUGCUGGAGACCAUGAACCGGUUAGAAGGUGCACUGUUUGCAUGGAACCAAAGGAUCUCAGAGGAGAGAAGCAGGAGGUCCCCUGCACGGCAUUCGUGGAAGUUCAUGAAGGACAGCUCGUCGGAGCUGGAGAAGAUGUCGGCGUGCAUCGAAAGGGUCGAGACCCUCAUCCAGCUUCUGAAGUCCAGAUUCCCCAACCUGCCUCCGACGUUCAUCGACGUUGUGAAGGUCCAGUAUAACGAGGACGUGGGGCACGCCAUCGUGGAGGCCUACUCGAGGGUUCUUGUGGGGGUGGCGUUCAGCAUACUGUCUCGGGUGGCGGAGAUCAUGCUGGAGGACGACCUGGUGAAGAAGCCCAACACGCCCAUGGCCUCCCUCAAGUUCGACCUCUCCUCCGACGUGUACCUGGCGGGCAUCACGGAGACGCCGCCGGGCCACAUCCGGCGGUCCCUCAUGGACCAGAUCAGCAUGGUCGACGGCCGCUUCGACGCCGUCGUCAAGAAGAGAGGGGCCAAGCAGCUCAUGUGGUGAUGUGAAUGGGCGAGGUGUUGUUGUACAGGGUGAUGGCUGCGUGCCGGCUGCGUACACAAGUUGCAUCUUACCUUACUACUACCAAUGGUGCAUUUGUAAUUUGUAUGUAACAGCAGCAUUGGCCGAGUCUUGCUGAAUGCUGAAUGCUGAUGGCAACCCAGAUGAUGCUGCUGCUUUUGCAACGGAGAGAAACCUGUUGUGUCUUGGUCA